UUAUGCAAAGGCACUUUCAACUAAAUUCAAAGAAAAAUGGCUACAAAUACAAAUCCUUAUACUUGUCCAAACAUUUGCCCUAGAGAAGGUCGACAUGAAACCGAAAGGAACGAACAAGAAAUUACAACGGUACGUCAACAUGAAAAUAUCCAUGCUGCACCGUAUGUACCUGGAAUGAUCAAACCACCGGAACCUAAGAUUUAUCCUCCGGGAGCUCCCCCGAAGUAUUUGCCACAGCCUACAGAUAGCACCAGUGGUGAUAUUCUAGGAAUGGGUCCAAUUGGUCCAUGGGCAGCUGGUCACAUUGAUUGGACGCCGCAAGCAGGAACCACAGGAGUUAGACCAGUGGUUGACAAAUACUCGAUAACAAGAUACUCUACUGGCGAAUGGCGUAAAAAUAAUGAGUACAUCCUAACACCUCGUGCAACUGAUAAAGCUAAAGCAUUAGAAACUCAAACUAAAAAGGACAUUGAAAAUGCGUUUAUCAAUUUAGACAACAAACUAAAAGAUUCUAACGCAAAGUUAGAUAAAAGAACUAAAGAUUUAGCACAUUGGAAAAAACAAACUGAAAAGGCGCUUCAAGCUAUCACUGAUGAGAUCAACACUUUAGAUGAAGAUAGAGCGCGAUUGAAAGGUGCAUGUAGAAUCUUAAUGAUGCCAGAAGCAAUAUCUAGAGAAUGCUUAGAAUUGCGCACAGGUCGCUAUGAACCAGAUCUAGUAAGAGAUGAUGCUGAACAGGAAUUAAUCAAAGAAGUAGCAAUUGUUGGUGAAAUAAGAAGGGUUUUUAUGAAUACUUUAGCAAAGGUUGAAGUACAAAUGGAAAAAAAUAAAGCAGCUAAGUCAUCUAUUGAAUUUGAUUGGAGCGAUAAAAUGAUCAGUUUAAAAGUAGAUCGAAAAAAUGUAUCCCUUUCUCCUGAAUCUAAUUUAAUUUUGUACCAUCCUGGUGUGACCAGAUGGCCUGAAAACGCUACUACAUUAGAAUAUUGGCAACACUAUUGUGCAGAGGUUAUAAGAAAUUGCGAAGAGGUAAGACAAGAAUCUGAACAAUUGCGAGGUGAUCUUAUGACAGUCAUAACUAAAGGAAGUCAGGAUAUGAAACUACAGGCCGACAGGACUAAUUGUGCAUUGGCAGAAACAGUUGAAGCUACUGAAGCAAUGUGUGAAAACUUAGAAGAGAAUUUAAAGGAAAACCUCAAAAAAAUUGCCGACAUAGAAAACCUUAUUGAUUAUCUAAAGGAAUCUUUGCGGAAAGUAGACGAAAAAAACAAAUGUGUUAUGACAAGGUUACAUGCCAGAAAUUACGAACGAACGAGCGUCGAAAAUUGUAGGGAUGAGGCUCAAUACGCUUUGAUUGCAGAAGCUAAAUUCAUUAAAGAGACAUCAGAGUCACUGCACGGUAAAAUGAGAGAUGCAGAAGCCAUAAGAUCAGAAUUAAUGAAGUACCGCGGUGCAUUGGAAAAGGACAUUGCGUGCAAACGUAAAAGCCUAAAUAUUGACAAGGAUAGAUGCGCUAGAGUUCGUGCGCAUAUGCCGUCUCCUGAGGAGUUUGCUGGUGGUUAACUGAAUAUUGUCAAAUUUUCUGUUAUUAUAUUUAAAGCAUGGAAUGUCAACGACUUGUUAACUGUU